ACCCAUUUAACUUUGUUUUGGUCGUCGUCGUCUUUAACUUUUUUUUUCGCUCUCGAUAUAUACUACACAUAUAUAAAGUAACCAACCUUCCGGUUCUCCCUGUCCCCACCUAUUGAAGUUGGUAUCACUACUACUACUUAUUAUGAAGGCUCUACCAGCAGCGUUAUUCAGCUGUACAGUCUGGCUUGCUGCCAUUACAUCCGCUUUCCCUACCAACCAAAAGAAACCGGAUUGCAAGAAUUACAAUACGGAUUUCCGUGUCUCGACUGAAGGAUGGUCUGCCGAGAACACGGUCCAAGACACGUAUGAUAUCACUGACGGUGGCAUCAAAAUGAACUUGAUGCCUCCUCGACAGUAUGUUCGUAUGCAUGAUGCCCAGAGUGCGUUUCAUUAUUUGCCAUACAACAAGUAUGAAGGAAGAGGUCCAACGUUUAAUGCAUCGUCCUAUAUGCAUUAUGGGCGCGUUUCAGCCACUGUGAAAUCAGCAAACGUAGGGGGUGCCAUUACAGCUGUCAUUUUGAUCGGCGAUGGUGGCGAUGAAAUUGAUUUUGAAUUGCUAGGAGGUAUGAGCAACUACUUUUGGGGCCAUGAAGUGCUGUAUACGGUCAAUGGCGGCUAUCAUGAAGUUGCCGGCGGGCCGGUAUUUGAUGAAUAUCAUACAUACACAAUUGACUGGACUCCCGACCGUAUCGAUUGGUAUAUUGAUGGCACGCUUGUACGCACCAAGGAAAAGAAGGAUACGUGCGAUGGAGCUGGCGUAUGCAAAUUCCCAUCUGAACCAGCUCGUAUCCAAAUUGGUUUGUGGGAUGGCAGCAUUGAAUCCGGCACUGCUCAAUGGUCCCGUGGUCCGAUUGCGUGGGAGCAACACGAUGUUAUUUCCGCAUACAUUCAAAAGAUUGAGAGUGUAUGCAAUCCGGAAUACAACAACGUUGUCGCUUGA